GACUGGGGGCGAAAAGGUCAGGGAGCGAAACAACCACAAUUCAUAAGCCACAAAUGCCAACAUGGAGGUUGACACGACGCAAUGGUCUGGGAAACAGGGUGACAGCUCUGCUGUCAUAGAGAUGCAGACAGGGGAUGACCAGUCUGACUACGGUGAUUUUAACCAACCUAAUUCUGAUUAUCAUUCUGAUGAUGAUGAUACCCGACAAAGAAAAUCUGGCCAGGGUUUUGUUGAUGACAUGAAGGAAGGAUUCACAAAGAAUAUGUCGUCUAUGCUCUGGCAGUCUGGCCGAGAGAAAGCACAGCAGGCUUUCACUUCUUAUGCAAAGAUUGAUAUUCUACGACCGUAUUUUGAUGUCGAGCCAAAUGAAGUUCUAAAAAGACUAAUGGUGUCGUUCCUUCCAUCAAAGCCGAGCGGUAACCCACAGAAGAUCCCCAGUGAGCUGUACGGACCAACCAUGCUCAUAUUCACUCUCGUCGCCCUUCUCCUUUUUCAAAUGAAAGUUUCCAAUCAUCAAGUGAAUGAAGGCACAUUGAUGGGCUCGGCGAUCGGUGUCUGUUUCUUCUACUGGUUAGGUACAUCUGCUCUUAUAUGGACGAUGGCCUAUGUCUGUAACACGCACAUUAGAGGCGUGCAAAUUCUCUCAUUACUGGGUUAUUCAUUAAGUGGUCAUUGUGUAGUCAUCUUCCUUGGAACAAUAGUUCAUACAACGCACAGUCAUCUCCUGUUUUAUCUCUUGUGGGCUAUAUUUGGUGGUGUCUGCACUCUCAGAAUGGUUUCGGUGCUUGUAUCGCGGACGCCAGGUACCACUCAGAGAAUGGUCAUCUGUGGUAUUGUAGCUGCCCUACACCUUUUAUUCCUGCUGUACUUACACUUUGCAUACCAUCAAGUCGUUGAAGAUCUGUCACAAAUAAUUGAUCACCAUCCUGUGGCCGUCGGCAAAGCUGUAGAACACUCUGUUGGCGGGAAACCUAUCAAUGAUGUUCAUCUCGAUAUGGCAAAAAAAACUAUCGAUAAACUGGAAAAACCAGCCAUCAAUAAUCUGGAAAAACCAUUGAAGCAUGCCAUCCAGCAUGUCACGACCGUCCCAAAAUUGCCGCACAAAAUAGUCACAGAGAGCGCCAAACAUGUUAAAGAGGUCGUCAGAGGUGCCGCUAAAAACAUUCCCGUCAAAAAACUGGUUACUUCAGCUGUUGAGAAGGUGGUGGCGGCCGUAGGAGCAAAGACUAUAUGAGCCAUGGGGAAGGUUUGAGGAACAUACCAGUGCAAUGAAGGAAUGAGUGAUGGGAUAUUUAUUGAUAUAGACACUGUAAUAGGAAUCAUCAUGUCGACUGAUAGACCUUGGAUUACACGUUGUUGGUGACAUCUUUCUCAAAGGUUUCCUUCGUUAUUUGCUACGUUAACUAAACCGGAUGUGACGGAUGUGUACCGUAAAGACAAGCAAGUGCGACUUCACCAAGUGGGUCUCGUAAAAAGGUGGACAUAUCUGCAAGAGCCUUGACGCCUGUGUUCCAGUAUUUCUAAAUCGGACCAUUGCGGAUCUAGGAUCCAUCCAAAAUGUGACUGUCAAUGUUGUGAUAUCAUUUCAUCUGCAAGUAAUGUAAUGUCUUUGUUGGAAAUGGUCAACGGAACUAUUCAAAUUGGACAUGUGUAUAUAUUGGACAUUUCAUCUUACAGCUUCAUUAGCAAUUUGUAAACAAGUUCAUAUCUUUUAGAGCUCACAUUUUCGUCAUUAUUGCAACUCUACUCCUUUGAGGUAAAGAAGCCUACUGUUAAGUCACCCCUCAGCGGGCAUAAGCCAGUUGAUGCUGUUUGUAUAGUCCAAGGUGAAUUGUGUAUAUUUUACCUUUCCUGAGUCGAUAUAGAUUGGUACCUACCAUCCCACAGCACAUAGGGCAAAUGAGAAGAACGGUCAUGUCGGCCAUUCUAUGUUCCCAGACGAUCAAAGUCACAUACUGCAUAUCACAGCAGCAAGUGCUGAAUGGCUAAGAUUUGUUUUGAUUAGGUAAUGUCCGCACCGCACCAGGCACAUAUGUGUUAAGUCAUCGGGCGUAACCGAUCAGGUUUACCAACAGACGUAACCGAUCGUCUGAUUACGUUGUGCUGCCAUCUGUGUGACGAUUGGGUACCAAUCUAGAA